UGGAUGCAUCUAUCCUUUGCACGCUGUACGAUGGCUUAGAUAAUACAAGUGUCAGGUUAACGAGUGAACACUACUAAUGCCUUCGACAACCUCAGGCUGCCGUAUAGCAGUCACGUAUAUCUCGUCACGGUUACAUAUCGCCCUUUCUGAGACGCAGGUACUUACCGUUAUGCAAAACAUAUGGAUGUUAGUAUGGGUCACGACGAGUGCGACGACGAUGUCCACUUCGGACGAAGGCGAGACAGUGCAGGACCACAACGCCGAAGGCAGUCCUCCGAGUCGGACACGUCUUCUCGAAGCUGAUCGUCCCGGCUUCCGAAUGAACUCGUCAACACGUCGCAGCGCCGAUUGGGGACGGCUGAGGCCCGGUCUGUAUCGUGUGGUGGUACACGAUGCAGACCUUUUCGCGGAAGCGUCUCAUGAUCGUGUGCGCUACACAGUCGCCCAGGGCUCGAGCCGAGGAAUGGCCCGCUACAGCACGGACAUUGCAGGCCACCCCUGCUGCACCCGAGCUGCCGAGCCACAACUGAGUCAACGGGCCUACGAGCGAAGACUCGCGACGUGCAGCAUUGUGCUAUUAGUGGUCGCGAUGGGAUACUGCAUUGAUUCAGGUCUUCGUCUCGCCUGUACCGCAACAUCCGGGAAGUCAGAAGCACCGCUGCUGCACAGGACAAGUCUCUAACUGACCGACGUUGGUCCCAAUUUCGCUUCGGCGCCCAUGUAGUAGCACGUCUGGUUCCACUGGUACUUAGUGCGAGCCGGCUACCAGAGAGGAUCGAGCCUGCUUGACUGGAAGGGCUCAGAUGACUCGGCACAUCUCAAGACCAGGCCUGCUCGCUUAAACCUGAACUAUAAGUACAGUAUGUACGGUUCCAACAAGGUGUACAGCGGAUUCUGAGCGUACCGUGACGAGCACAGCACUGCGCGGGCACACUCUGUUCCUCCGUUCCGUCCUCGGCGUACAGACAAUCCAGCAUCCCCCAUGACAGAAGCCUGAAGCUUGAAGACCGACUUUGCAGAUUGAGUCAUAUAUCGUCCGACCCCGCGCGAUUGCACAAACAGUACUUACAUACGUUCGGAGCUCCCCUGCUC